AUGGCCUCGCCUUCCACGGGGCAGCUGUACGGCCUGGCAGACACGGAAGGCGCCGCCCUUGAGCUGCACGAGCUGUACCAGCGCAUCCUGGCCCCGCUGUCCCUCUUCCCCGCCUCCUUCACCCGGGUGAAGUCUUCGUUCCCCAGCGAGAGGCCCUCCGCCGUCCCCUCAGUCCACAGCGCUGUCCCGGUGCCCAUCUCCCUCACGGCCCUCCUGCAGAUGGUCAAGGCGCGGCUGGAACCGGGGCCGCAGUGGGCGCACGUCCCGUCCCGGGACCGGCAGGUGUUCCGAGAGGUCAUCCUCCUGGAGGUCAAGCACAUCUUCAAGGACGUCCAGCACUCGCUGUACGACCCGGCCUUCAGCGCCCAGACCAACCGCGAGCUCUACCAGCAGCUGGUCGUGUACAUCGGCCUGGUGUGCCAGCAUCUCUUCCUGCACUACCUGCGCGUCAUGGACCACCGCCACCAGCUGGGCAUCUUCACCGACUGCGCCAACCUCACCCGCUUCUCGGCCCAGCUGUCCCUGGACUGCUCCAGCCUGCUCAACGUGGCGGCCGUCCGGCACCGCCUAGUCAUGGAGAUGAAGACCCCGCAGAACCGCCCGCCGGAGUCCCCCACCAAACCGCUGAGCCCGCAGGGCCAGUCGCGGACACGCAACCUGGGCUGCCGGCUGGGCUUCACCAUCAGCUAUUUCAUCAGGCUCACCAGACCUCACGUGCCAACGCUGAAACAGAAGAUGGCCAAGGAUAUCAAAGAGCUGGAGGAGCUACCUUUGUUGGACAUGGACAAAAUAAAGCAGUUGAACCUCCCGAGGCCGGAGAAGAGUGCCUUCCUGGGACAAAUGACCUGUGCCGCAAUCACAACGCCUUGUCCGCGGGCCACUGCCUCAAAAGACCAGACGAAGUUACAUCGGGCUAAGCGGGCUACUUCCACUAUUCUCAAGAGAAGCCAGUCCCUGCCCAAUAUGAGAGUGGGGCAGCUCCUCGCUGAUGAACUUGGCAUCUGUAUACAGCAUCGCCCUCUCAGCCCUGAUCUGCCUUGUCACUAUGAGUCCACUGAAGACGGGGAAUUCGGUGGGACAAUAGGCCUGGCUGAGGACCUCCGGAGGCUGGUUCAGGGUUCUGUCCUCAAGACCAGCCCAUGGAAAGGAGAACAGGACGAUGAUUUGGAACUGCCUCCCCUCAUUAAAGCCUUGACGUGGCGCAAGGCGAACGAAGUCCGCCAAGAGCAGCUCCAGAGAAUGCAGAGUUCCCUGCAGAAGGAGGAGUCUUCUGAGAGGCAACGAAGGGACACCAUCAUCUCUGCCCCGGCCUCCCAUCCUCAGGCUGCAACAGUGAACUUCGCAGUCCAUGAUAAGCUGGUCGUGAAGGCGGCUGAUUUGCAAGUGUCAGAAAGGAGCUAUGUAGAAGCCAUGGCUAUGGAGAAAUGCCCACCAAUUUACAACCAUCUCCUGGGGGAGAUAAACGCGGCUACCAUAAAAUCUCUGGAUGCUAACCUUUCCACUGGGGAAGAGGUCAGGGAGAUGUACAAGGAACUGAAAGGCACCAUCCCAAAAGACUACCUGAAGUUCGACCUUGGGCCCUUGACAGAACCUGAUGCAGCUAACAUAGACCUGUCCGUCUGCUUUGCUUCCUCAACACUGGCAAGGAAAAAAUGUGAGCGGAUCAUUAAUGAAAAGCUCAGUAAAAUCCUGCCCACUGGACCUUACUCCCCGGAGGAAGUGGUAGACACACCAAUGACCCCAAACCUACCCUUCAAAAGGAAGAAAGCGAAAAAGGAAUUUGCCUCUUGGCUCAAGUGGUGGAAGGCAUCGUUCAAUACCGAUAAUUAUCUGAAAUACCUCAGCACCAAGGAGGCUGAUUAUUUACCAGUAAUAUUUCAUUUGUAUGACUUUGGGGAAGCGGAGCAGCUCCAGUGGAUGCAGCCUGUAUUAGACCAGGCUGAAAUCAAGGAGCAGGAGAAGGUGAAGAAGGAAGUGAUAAAGGAAGCCACGAAGAUUCAGUCCACGAAAGAAGAAUUCCAGGCUGGGAAGUGGAAUACCAACAGCGUCAUGAUGGGGGGGCUGGGGGCAUUCCUUUCUUGCGACCACAAGGACGAGGAUCUCAGGGUCCUACAGAGAAGGCUGGAACGACUCUGGACGGUUCUCCAUUUCUCGGAGCGAGAAAGGCUGGACAUGGCAAUCAAGUACAGCUCCAACCAGUAUUACUUGUUGCUCCCAGACAUGCUGCAGGCUUGGGAGGAGGCAGCGCGGUUUAUCCAGGAUCGGGAGCUCCUGCUGGCGGAAAUGGAACGCUUUGAACAAACCGCUUCAGAUCCAAACCGCUUGUUCGACAGGGAACCCCAGUCUUUCAUGUUGCGAAUCGAGGAAUCUAAAACCAGGAGCCGCCAACGUGCCGAGUUGGGCCAGUUUGAUGCGGAGCUCUACGUCAUCCUGAACCACAUCAAGAAGACGUUCGAUGACACGGUGACUUUCAGGGGACGCCCGUACCUGGAGAAGAUGGAGUGGGACACGGUGGAGAUGCUGUACUGGUUGCAACAAGAGCGGCGUGCGAGCGCUUUGUGGAGAGGAGUCAAGAAAGGGGGCCAGAGAAGGAAACUCCCUCCAAUUUAUGUUCCUUUGACGACAGGUCAAGACAACAGGCGGAAAGGCAUCCUUUUUUCACCCGUGCCACCUUCCGCCAAAGACCGUGAAGCCGUUUCUCUUCACCUAAGCCAAAUAGAGAAUUUAAGGGCGCUGACUUUGCGGUUCAAGGAGCACACAGUGUAAGAGACAGGCAGUGGAGACAGGCUUACAGCAAAGAGUCACCAAUCGUUUGAAGAAUGUGCAGAUACAGACCAAGUGUCAAGACUUGUGGUGGCCUGGCUCAGUCCACAUUUCAAAGGCGUUUGAGAGAGUUGCAUUGUUCACAAACGAGGUUCCUAACAUCCUCUAGUUCCAUUUUAAAAAAAAAUGUUUCUGGUCCUCAUGGCUUAAAGUUCGGGUACCAUGUUUGAAAGGAUCCAAUAUCUAUGGUAAAUAUGGCUUAAGGAUCCUAUGAGGUCUGCUGAGCUGCUUCUCAGGUUUCUUCAGCUGCCAUGUUUCUGUGGGUGCCAG